AUGCUGCACGUGUUCCGACACCUAUCAUUGCGCCACCCAGCAAUAGGCAGCUUAGUGCACGUCAGCCAGCAUGAUUUAACCUUCACGCGGACCUAUUCGGGCCAGGACAAUCCCACCGUCGAACUUCCGGGUUUGGGUAAGCUUAAAGGCUCGUACACCAAAUCCGCCUGGAGCGCGGCACCAAUAGAGCAGUACCUAAACGUACGCUACGCUGAGCCACCGGUUGGUCGCAACCGCUUUAAGGCUCCAAUACCCGUCCAACCGUGGGACGGAGUGCAGGAUGUUUCGAUCCGAGGCCGAAGUGCUCCUUGCUACGGUGAUCUCAAGAAAACGCCCAAAGAUCAGCUGACAACCGACCUAGAGGAUUGCAUCAGCUUGUGCGUGUACACGAAGGACACCACUGCCAAGCGACCGGUUGCGGUGUACAUCCAUGGAGGUGGUUUCUACAGUGGUAGUGCGGCUCAGCACCCACCCGAGUACUUGCUGGAGAAGGACAUUGUGCUGGUUGUACCGCAGUACCGGUUGGGUGCGCUUGGGUUUCUGUCCACCAAAACCGAUGCUAUUCCGGGCAACGCUGCCAUCAUGGAUGUGCUGUUGGCGUUUGAGUGGGUCCAGAAACACAUCGAGCACUUUGGAGGUGACCCGCAGCAAGUUACGGCCAUCGGUCAGUCCGCUGGGGCGGGUAUUCUCUCGUCGUUGCUGUUUAGUCCGGCACUGCAGGAGUCAUACUUCCAGAAGGUUAUACUCCACUCGGGAGCUGCCUUUGGUAGCUGGCAGUUUGAUCAUAACGGGGAACGGAAUGCGCGAGACAUCGCACGUCGGGCAGGGUUUGAUCCGAAAGCACCACUUGACCAGGUGGAGGAGUUCCUAAUCGGACUGGACACGUACACACUGCUGAAGUGUUUCAUGCAGCAUAACUGGCAAGGACUUGCGAAUGGUAUUAACAACACGGGCGGGCGCAUGACGAUCGGAGGUCCAUCACAACUAUUCCCCCAAACACCUUACCAAGUGAUGAAAGCUGGAGGUGGUCGCAAGAAUCUACCGAUGCUGACGGGUGUGGUUAAAGACGAGGGCACAUUCGCCCUGGUGGACGUAUUUACCAUUCUAACCGCUCUGAAGCUACAUGACAAGAAGGAUUUCCUGCGUUUCGACGUGAUCGAGGAGAUCCAGCGAAUUCUGGGAACGGUGGAGGUGUCCUGUUCCGUUACACCACUUGCCGUGAAGAGCAUGCUCGAUAUGGAAGCGGCUGCCAACGGGGACAUCAUGAAGAUGAUCCCCGGGCUGAUCGAUCUAUGUGGAAUGCAUCUGAUGAAAUCCAGUGUGCUUCGUUUGGCGCAAUACAAUAGCAGACAUACACCGGAACAAACCUUCGUGUACUCGUUCGAUUAUCGUGGUGAACACACGCGCUUCGGUUAUGAUCAGGACGUCAGCCACGUGCCAUUCGAUGGAGGUGUUCAUCAUACGAACGAUUUGCUGUAUCUCUUCCCCUAUCCAACGACGGCAGCCCAGCUCAACGAGCAGGACACUCUGAUGGCCAAGAAAAUGGUCGACCUUUGGGUGUCGUUUAUCACGGAUGGCGUUCCCCAAACGCAGGAGCUCUCCGUUUGGCCACCAUUCAAUCAAAUCUUCGGCCCGUACCUCCACCUGGACCGGCAGCUGACGGUGGGGAAUAACUUUUUGGAUGAAUUCACGGUCAACGCAGACGCGGCUCGGCGACAGCAACAACGGCCAAAAGCGUCCACGGUCGAGCAACCCGUCAAAGACACCAGCGCCGCCAUCAGCCGAGACGAGCUAAUCCGACGAAAUCUUACCCAACAGAAGCAGCGAGCUACACUUAAACUGAACCUGCGUCUCGGUGGCCGGCACUUUCUAGAGCGGCUUCUACCGUUCCUGCUAACUACAUCUAGGACCUACUCAACGAUGGAAGGCACUGAUGGUGGUUCACCAGAACAGCGACCGAUUGUGGAACUGCCUGGGCUGGGAAAGCUGCAAGGAUCCGCCACACGUGGUGCGUGGACGGGAGUGAAUAUUUAUCAGUUUUUGAACGUACGUUAUGCAGAACCGGCGAUGGGUGAACGGCGAUUCAAACCGCCCGUUCCGGUGCAACCGUGGGAAGGUGUACUCGACGUGUCCCAGCCUAAGCUAGGAUCACCCAUUUAUAAGCGCAUGAAGGAGUACUCCAAAGAGCAACGCGCUGAGAACUUAGAGGAUUGUAUCAAUAUUAGCGUCUACACGAAGGAUUUCAGCGGUCGCAAACCGGUGAUAGUGUACGUGCAUGGUGGAGGAUUCUACGAUGGUGCCAUCAACCAAUAUCCUCCGAACUACAUCAUGGAGAAGGACGUGGUUCUCGUCGUACCGCAAUACCGACUGGGAGCGCUCGGGUUUUUGUGCUCCAACACGAAACAAAUUCCAGGCAACGCGGCCAUUAUGGACGUGGUGUUGGCGUUCGAGUGGGUUCAAAAGUAUAUCACCCAUUUUGGAGGUGACCCACAGCAGGUCACGGCAAUGGCACAGUCAUCCGGUGCAGCGAUGGUUUCGAGCAUGACCUACAGUCCGCUGGUGGACACGGAGAAGCUAUUCCACCGUUUGAUCCUCCAGUCUGGCAACUGUCACGGUUCGUGGGUGUGGGAUCGAAGUCCGGAACGUAACUGUCGCGAUAUUGCCGGGUUUGCCGGAUUCGAUAGGAAGGCACCGCUGGAGGAAAUCGAGCGAUUCCUCAUGGAACUGGAUCUGUUCAAUCUUAUGAAAGCUUUCACGCAGCAUUACCGUCUUCGAACACCGAACGGUACGGACACGAUCGGAGGUGCCCGGAUGGUAUUCAACGAUCCGAACGGUCUGUUUCCGGAAAACCCUUACAUUACCAUGCGCAAAGGAGGUGGUCGAAAAAAUAUGCCCCUUCUAACUGGGGUUACGCGGCACGAUGGAACGUUUGCGCUUCUGGAGGUGUUCAACAUACUGCUGUACAAAAAGCUGAUCGGUGAUCCGCACAUCACGACUUACCGAAUGGUUGACGAGGUUAAUCAAGUGCUUGGAGUGGACGAUCCCACCUGCACCAUCCGGACGCUAACGAUGGCGCAAUAUUUCACCCAUGAGCAGCUCGCAUCGGGUGAUUUACGCCAACUCCUACCGGGCUUGGUUGAUCACACGGCAAAUACACUGAUCAAAGGGCCCGUUCUCAAAAUAGCUCAAAACAAUGCAAUGUAUCUGCCGGAACAGACGUAUCUGUACAGCUUCGAUUACAUGGGCGAACACACCCGCUUCGGAUACGGAGGCGACACAUCCGCCAUUCCGUUCGAUGGUGGAGUGCAUCACUCGAACGAUUUGAUGUAUCUCUUCCCUUAUCCUCCAUCGGCGGCUAACCUGAACGAGCAGGACACGACCGUUGCCAAACGCAUGGUUGAUCUGUGGACGUCGUUCGCAAUCAACGGGAAGCCAGAAGCUACAGAUGUCCCCGCAUGGCCACCACUGAACAAUGUCCUCGGACCAUACCUAAAGAUAGACAAACAGUUCACGGUGGGUCAGGACUUCCGGGAAGAAUUGACGGUCACAAUCAGGAGCCCAAAAGAGGUUCAGAAAAAGAGCUCCAAACCAAAAGCAUAA